CUCUGUCUCGGAGAGCAGAGUAGAAAGCACGAGAGGUGCGUGGCUAGGGUUUAGAAAUCUCCCUACUUCCGGAGGCGAUCUCGCCAUUCCUCUCCUUCCUCGGGGGCGCGGCCACCACCCGCCGUCCAGGUUGGUCUCGUCCUACGGCGGCGCCGGCCGGAUGGCUCUACAGGCGACGGAGCAAGGGAGCCGCCCACCUGCCAGCGACGCCGACACCGACCCUGCGCGGCGGCCGCUUGGUCCCGGUGGCAUGGGCGGCUCCAAGAGGGCCGCGGUGGCCGGCCUCCCCGACGACGCCCUGGUGGAGAUCCUCUCGCGCCUCCCCGCCAAGUUCCUCUGCCGAUCCAAGUGCGUCUCCAAGGCCUGGUGCGACCUCAUCGCUGACCGCCUCCGCUGCAGGAAGCUCCCCCUCACGCUAGAAGGCUUCUUCUAUGGCUGCGUAUACGAAUCCUGCAAUGAGGACCGCGACGAUCUGUCCAGUGAUAGUUGGGACGAAAGCGGCAGUGAGGGCAACGAUGAUGAUGGCAGUGAGGAUGACAAGGAAGGCGGCAGUGCGAACAACGGCAAAGGUGGCAGUGAGGACGGUGAUGAAGGUGGCGAAUGCAAGGGUGAGAAGUCGUCCUGCCACGCCUGUGGGCAUUUCAUAAACCUGUUGGGGAGAUCUGUGCCUCUCGUCGACCCUUCAUUCUCUGUCCUGAGGAAGCAACCUGGGAUUAAGAAUUUCACCCUCUUAGAUUCCUGCAAUGGGCUUCUCCUCUUUGGGCAGGCAUGGUGUUCCAGAUUCAGUGCUACAACAAGCUAUAUUGUGUAUAACCCUGCCACUGAACAUUGGGUGCCCGUGCCAAGCUCCGGCUUCUCAUCGAAUCCACUGGAAUACGGUGAAGACUGUGAUGACGAUGUUGAGGAAUCAUGUGUAUUGACUUGUUUGAUUUUUGACCCAGCCAUCUCCUCACACUUCCAGUUGAUUGAGUUCUGCCAUAAUCCGGGAGUUGCUUUGGUGCUAGCCUACUCGUCUGAAACUGAGAGAUGGGGUGACAGACCAAGGGAACGGCGGCGAUGGAAAAAGGGAGGUAAAUGGGAUUUGCAUAAAACCAUGUCAUCCAUGAGAGGUAGCACAUUUUUCAACAAAAUGCUGCAUUUGAUCGUCAGCCCCUACUCUAUUGGCCCUGAGCUGAUAGCUGCUAUUGAUGGGAAAGGGAAGACACGUAAGGUCAUCCAAUGGGUAGAGAAUCGUGGUUUUCCUGUCUUUGUGGGUCAAUCCAAAGGGCUCUUGCAUUGCUUGAGUGUGAGCGGGCAUCCAGAUGGCGAUUCUUGCCAUAUGACUGAGCUAUCCAUUUGGGUCCUUGAGGACUAUGAUGCAGAAGAGUGGAACCUGAAGCACACAGUGAGCUUCUUGGAGCUGUUUGGGAAAAAGAGUUGCCAGUUUGGAUCUGACUACAAUGUGACCACCAUUCAUCCAGAUCAGAAUUUGGUUUUCUUUAUUCAGCAUUGGGACUAUAAAUUGAUAUCAUAUGAUAUGGAUCGUAAGGAAGUGUGUGCUCUCCGCACUGUUGGAUGUGACUAUGGGAUUAUUACUCCUUAUGCUCCAUAUUUCUCCGAGACGCCGGUGCUCUCAAAGAAGCACUGAAACUGCUACUUGGUGAAGUCUGAUAUUCUGAACAUGGUUAGCUAUGUAAUUCCUACCAACUUGGCAGCUUGGAUAAAUCUGCUUGAAUUAUAUCAUAGGCUUUGUUGGUGCUUGGAUAUAUUUAUUUUCAUUUUUUUAGUCCAAUUAACACUGCUAGCCAGUUGUUUUUAUGUGUGUAAGCUAGCUUCAUAUGCUAGUUGUCUCAAUGAUUGUACUUCAGAAUCAUAAUCAUUGGAUCUUUUUUUUU